AAUACACCCAUUUGAGAUGUCUUCCUCUUAAAUCUUUUAAACUGAACUCAUGUGGAUUAUGAUGUUUGUGAAUGGCGGUAUAUUACUGCUGAUAGCAGGGGCGUGUGCGGCGCAAUCAUGUGUAGUUAACGUUGGGUCUGAGACAGUGACACAAAGUACUCACUUAUCUAGAGUUGAAAGUGUUGAAAGGCGGGUUACCAACAUUGAAGAAGAAUUGGAACGUUUGAAAGGCUCUGGCAAUGAGGAAACCACUGAUUCUUGUGAAAAAUCUAUUUUAACAGGCUGCGAUGCCAUCUACAAAAGUGGAAAACGAGAAGAUGGUAUCUACACCAUCUCCCCGGACGACCGAUGUCCGUUUGACGUCUUCUGUGACAUGACAAACGGUGGAUGGACAGUCAUACAGAAACGAUUUGAUGGAAGUGUCGAUUUCUACCGACCUUGGACGUCCUACGUCAAUGGUUUCGGUAACCUCUCCGGAGAACACUGGCUUGGGCUUGAGAAGAUUCACCGGCUUUCGUCCCAGCCCGUCGAGAUAUAUUUCAACAUGACCAGAACCGCUGAUCAGCGCAUCGAUUACGCGCAUUACACGUACUUCACUGUUCAAGAUGCUAAGACAAAGUACACAAUGUGGACAAACAGUGAUGGGUAUGAAGGAACACUUUCAAACACAUUAUUUACAUAUCACAACGGUAUGAUGUUCAGCACAUAUGACCAAGACCAUGAUGGAUAGCCUACAAUUAAUUGCGCAGAUCACCACCAUGGAGCUUGGUGGUUUCAAGAAUGCUUCAUGCUUGGAAACACAAACGGACAAUUUGGUGUAAGCGAUAGUACAGGAAUGGUCUUUUAUGACGGAAGUUAUAUCGCCCUCUCGAAAAGCACAAUUAAGAUCAAAAUGGCAGACGAGGAGUGAGAAGGAUCUCUCAUGGACUGAAAUAGAAUACCAAAUACUUGUUGAUUAAAAAACCCCAUAAAGUUUGAAAACUCUUAACAUUUCUAAACCAGUGUUCUCGUUCUAGAAAUGUUCUAAAUAUUAAUUGCAUUGGUCACGGUUCAUGUUAUAUCUGUUUAAUUUUUAUUAUGUGCAUGUACUUACCAACACGAUGCAUUUGUAUAAUAAUAAAUAUUUUAUUUAUUAUUUUAUUAUAUUUCUGCCUUUUAUUAUCUUUGACAUAAAACAGACGUAUGGUUAACUUUCUAUUAAGUGUAUUAAAUAGCU